UUCUGUGUUCAUAUGUACGUACAGGUGUGCUGGGCUGAUGGAGCUGAACGUAACAGAGGCCAUGCAAAUGACUCCUCCAGGAAUGAUCUUCAUGACGGGUCUUCUGCGCGAGCCGGAGAGCACGAGGCCUCUCGUAUUUACAUUUGUAUUUGUGAUAUACGCCCUCACUCUUAUCGCAAACAUAUUGCUGGUUCUGGCCACCUUCCGGGAGGAAGAGCUACACAAGCCCAUGUACAUCUUCAUGUGCGCACUUUUCAUGAAUGGAAUUGUCGUGAGCACCAACACGCUUCCAAGAAUCAUGUAUGAUCUCGUGUCCACCAAUAUCAUUUCCUUUCCCGGUUGUGUCAUACAAAUGAGCUUCAUCCACACCACGAGUCUAUUCGAAUGUUUUAUAUUGGCUGCAAUGGCAGCGGAUCGGUACGUGGCUAUAUGUAAACCCCUCCACUAUAGUUCCAUCCUCACGUCUGUACUUGCUGUUAAAAUAUGCUUCGUAUUAGUUGUGAUUUCAUCCUUAAUGUUGUCUGGAGAAAUGGUAUUGGCAAGCCUUAUUCAGCUAUGCAGCAAGCCAAGAAUUGUAUGGAUGCCCAGUUGUGAUUUUAUGUCAUUGACAAAGAUGAGCUGUGAAGAUGUAACCAUUAACAUCAUAUAUGGCUACGUUAUCACAGCUGUAACAGUUUUUGUCUCACUGGGGAUCAUUGUGUUUUCCUACGUCCGCAUUCUCUACGACUGCCACAAGUCCAACCAGCGCAAAAGUCAGCGUAAAGCAGUCAGCACGUGCGUUACUCACUUCCUUGUCCUCAUCACCUUCUAUGUCUUCUUCCUUUUCAUGGUCUUACAUCAUCGCAUUCCGAGCUCUACAGUCAUCCCCAUCACGAUCCGUUCAACCCUCAGCUCACUCUACUACAUAUUCCCUCCCGUGCUUAAUCCAAUUAUUUACGGCCUUCGUACGGCUGAGAUUCGGCAGAGUUUAGUGAAAAUGUUAAAGUAUAAAGUUGAGUCCAUUUAAAAAAAAACAAGCAUCGAAAUUUCGUUGGAUGUACACCAAAGUAGAACCUCGAUACUAUGCGCCCAAAAUAUCAAAUACUUAAUUAUUCUAUAAGAACAGUUUUUACCCUUUCAUAAAAUGUUUUUAUAAAUAUAAAUGUGAACUGACAUUCAUUUUCAACCGUUUUAGACAUCACGAGAACUGAUUUUGAAGCACCACCACCCCGCAAGAUUUUCUGACCAGGGUAGCGAAUUGCGGGAAAAUAAUUACUACUUGCGAACAUUUUUAUAUAUCGUGGCACCACCGGUGUACCGCCAAUAUGUUCAAUUGACAAUUUAUAAUUCUAUGUUUCAGUUGGUAAUUAGUAUUAACCAAGUGCCGACCAUGAGUCCUCAGCCGUACCUCCCUGUGCUUGCUCGCUUCCCUCUCCCUCAUCUGCUCUCAAUUCCCUCCCUCUCACAUCACCCACUCUCCGCUAUCACCCCUCCCACGACCAAAUUAACUUCCCUUUCUCUAAUAACUCCCUGUCCUCUCCCACGCAACUCACUCUCUCUCAUUGGCUUCUCUCGCCUAACUCAACUGUGUGUGUGCUCAC